AUGAAUAUUGGAAGUUCUAGCCAAUAUCCACGUUGUGCCAUGGAAAGAGAUAAAACAGCUCUCUGGGAAGGACUGGAGUCAGAACAAAGUGAUGCUAGGCAAUCAACUCAUGGCAGUACCAGGAGUAGACGUUCUAGGUCUUGCUCAAGAAGGUUGAACCAGAUACAGGAGGCUGUGUUCUGUUCAGGUAGGACCAUGAAGCUGCUAUUGCCAGAAUUCCAAACCCACGUGGAGAGAUCCAAGCUAGACAGAGGGGAGGAGCACUUCCCAUCCAAGAACAUGAGGCUCCACCUCGGAUGUGCGUUAACACGUGACGUCCUUCUUUUGGAUGCGGUGCGGUUGUGCGUGGGCGUGCCAGCACGGUCUACCGUGCGUCGAGAUGGUGAUGAGGUUUGGGUAGAAGAUGGCGGUGCUCCGGCGCGUUGCUCAGAGAACGAUGGUCGUAUGAUAUAUGGGGUGAAUGAGAUGAUAACAGAGAUGGUGCUCCAGCGCCCUGAAAAUCAAGGGUCGGGGAGUCCUGGAGGGACAAUCGAGGCUGAAAAGAUCUGCGUGGUGAAGCCUGAUCGGGGCAAGUGGGUAGUCAAAUCGGCAUUUGGGAUCGUGAGGCAUGGUGGUGUGACCCCCAUAAAUCCUGGUAAAUCUCGGCCACCGCCUUGA